UUCCUUUUAACUUCUCUUCAUUAACAUCAACAAAAGCAAUUAUAUAUGUACUAACAUGGAGUAUAAAUAAACACACUUCUACCUACCAAUACCAACCUAAUUGCAAUUGCAAAAUACUCAUCUCUCUUUAUUGUUGCAAUCAUGGAGAAAGAGAAACAGUCGUCUAAGCUGAAGAACAAGUUCUCGAAGAUCACAGCUGCAAUCAGUGUGACAUUUCAAAACCCUCCUUUCAGCCCAAGCAGGGUAGUUAAUAAAUCUCAUCAUGGCAGCAGCAGGGGAUUCUCUAGCAGCCCUCUGGUGCCAAAGGUAGGGGGAAACGAAACUCAACAAGAGCCCACAUCGCCGACAAUAUCAUGUAUGGGACAGAUCAAGCACAAGAAGAUGCAGAUGAAGAAAUCUAGAAGCUUAUCGGUGGCGCUGUCUUCACACAUGAGAUCAGACGAUGACGCUGGAUCUUCAUCAGGUCCGAGAUUAGUUAAGAAUAGUAAGCAGAGUGCUUCUUCCAGGUUUCAGAGGAUGUUGAUGUUUAAGCCGCCAAAACCUGAGAAAUCUGGUUCUGUCGGCGGCGGCGGUUCAUCUGCUGCGGUUGGUGAUGAAGGAUCGGGGAAAAUCAUAGGGCCGCCGUUGGGUGAGAUGAGACGAUUCGCGAGUGGGCGUGAUAGUUUUGCGAGCUUCGAUUGGAAGGCACAGGUGGCGCCUGAUGAGAUUGAGCAGCAGAGAGAUUGCUACACGGAUGAAAAGAGAAGAGAUACAGUUAAUAAUACUUUUUCUGGACCUAUUUUGGGAGGUUUUCAAGCAAACCUGCAGCAGCGGAAGGAGAUUAAUCUGUGGAAGAGGAGAACCACGGCACAACCGAGGCCACUUCAAUUGAAACCAGUGCUUACAGCCAGAUGAUUCUUCUUUUUCUUCUUCACUUCUCGAUCGCUUAAAUUAAUCUGUAGAUUUGUUCUAUUGUUUCUUAUCUUCUUUUAUUUCUCUUUUAUAAUAUCAUAUCGUGGAUAAUUUUGAUGCGCACAAGAUAGAUUUAUACAAACAAAUGUCGUUCUUGCAAUCUUGCCGAACCUGGCUCCAUGGGUAUACAUCAUAUGUAUGGAUUGGGUUUAUUUUGUCCCCGAUGUACAUAAGAGAUAGUUGUAAUCAUCAUGGUAUGCAAUUAGUUACCUUUGAUUUAUUCAAA